AAUAAAUACUUGAGGAAGUAUUUGACUUUGCUACAGACCGCCAAUGAGACAGCCAGUGAGACAGACGAGCAAACUGUUUUGGAUCUGUAUAUCAACAUGCUCUGAAGAAUAGCAACUAUAAUGUCUAGCCUUACAAAAUGACUAAAACUAAUUCUACCACCUUCCAUUUUGCCAUCAUCUUCAUGUUAAUACUUGAGAUCAAAAUCCAAUUAUCUGAUGGAAGUGAAUUUUUAGUUGACAGAUCAAAGAGAGGUCUCAUCCAUGUCCCCAAAGACCUAUCCGUGAAAACAACAAUCUUAGAUCUAUCACAAAACAAUAUAUCUGAGCUUCGAACAUCUAACAUCCUAUCACUAUCAAAGCUGAAGAUUUUGAUAAUUUCUCAUAAUCAAAUCCAGUAUCUUGACCUCAGUGUUUUUAAAUUUAAUGAGGAAUUGGAAUACUUGGAUGUGUCCAACAACAAGUUGAAGAAGAUUUCUUGCUACCCUACUGUGAAUCUCAAGCACUUAGACCUCUCAUUUAAUGCAUUUGAUGCCCUGCCUAUAUGCAAAGAGUUUGGCAACAUGUCUCAACUAGAAUUUCUGGGUUUGAGUGCCACACAAUUACAAAAAUCUAAUAUGCUGCCAAUUGCUCAUUUGCAUAUCAAUAAGGUUUUACUGAUCUUAGGGAAUAUUUAUGGGGAGAAAGAAGACCCUGAGAGCCUUCGAGACCUUAACACAGAGAAUCUGCACAUUGUUUUCCCCACAAGAAAGGAAUUCCACUUUAUUUUGGAUGUGUCAGCCAGCACAGCAGUAAGCCUGGAACUGUCUAAUAUCAAAUGUGUGCUAGAUGAGAGUGAAUGUUCUUAUUUCCUAAAUGUUCUGUCAAAACUUCAAAAGAAUUCACGUUUAUCAAAUCUUACUUUAAACAACAUUGAAACAACUUGGUAUUCUUUCAUUAGGAUGCUCCAGUUGGUUUGGCACACAAGCAUAAAAUAUUUCUCAAUUUCACAUGUGAAACUACAAGGUCACCUUGGUGUCAUCGAUUUUGAUUAUUCAGACACUUCACUGAAGGCCUUGUCUGUUCACCAAGUUGUCAGUGAUGUCUUCAAUUUUCCACAAAGUCACCUCUAUAGAAUCUUUUCAAAUAUGAACAUCCAGAAUUUCACAGUGUCUGGUACACACAUGUUCCACAUGGUUUGUCCAUCCCAAAUGAGCCCAUUUCUGCAUUUGGAUUUUUCUGAUAAUCUCUUAACAGAUACAGUUUUUAACAAUUGUGGAACCUUGGCUCGGUUAGAGACACUUAGUUUACAGAUGAAUAAAUUAAAACAACUUAUAAAUAUAGGUCAUAUGACCAAGGAGAUGAAGUCUCUGCAACAAUUAGAUAUUAGUCAGAAUUCUCUAAGUUAUGAUGAAAAUGAAGGAUAUUGUUCUUGGACUACUAGUUUAUUAAUUUUAAAUUUGUCUUCAAAUAUACUUACUGACUCUGUUUUCAGUUGUUUACCUCCUAGGGUUAGGGUUCUUGACCUUCAUAAUAACAGAAUAACCAGGAUCCCUGAAGAUGUCACCAGUCUGGAAGCUUUGCAGGAACUCAACGUUGCUUUCAAUUCCUUACUCCACCUGCCUGGGUGUGGUACCUUUAGCAGCCUCUCUGUACUGAUCAUUGACUAUAAUUCAAUUUCCAAUCCAUCAGCUCAUUUCUUCCAGAGCUGCCAGAAGAUCAGGUCCAUAAAGGCAGGGAACAAUCCAUUCCAAUGUACGUGUGGGCUAAGAGAAUUUAUCCAAAGCAUAGGCCAAGUAUCAAGUGAAGUGGUAGAGGGUUGGCCUGACUCUUACAAAUGUGACUAUCCAGGAAGCUAUAAGGGGACCCUACUAAAGGAUUUUCGCGUAUCUCCAUUGUCCUGCAACCCAGCUCUGCUGAUUGUCACUAUAGGGGUCACUGGCCUUGUGUUGGCUGCUACUCUGACUGUCCUCUGUAUCUAUUUUGAUCUUCCCUGGUAUCUCAGGAUGAUGUGUCAGUGGAUCCAGACCCGGCACAGGGCUAGGAACAUACCUUUAGACAAACUCCAAAGAGCUUUCCAGUUCCACGCUUUUAUUUCAUACAGUGAACAUGAUUCUGCCUGGGUGAAGAGUGAAUUACUACCAAACCUAGAAAAAGAAGAUAUACAGAUUUGUCUCCACGAGAGAAACUUUGUUCCUGGCAAGAGCAUUGUGGAAAAUAUCAUAAACUGUAUCGAGAAAAGCUACAAGUCCAUCUUCGUUUUGUCUCCCAACUUUGUUCAGAGCGAGUGGUGCCAUUAUGAGCUCUACUUUGCCCACCACAAUCUCUUUCAUGAAGGGUCUAAUAACUUAAUCCUGAUCUUGCUGGAACCCAUUCCAAAAUAUUCUAUUCCUAGCAACUAUCACAAACUCAAAACUCUCAUGGCGCAGAGGACUUACUUGGAAUGGCCCAAGGAGAAGAGCAAACAUGGACUUUUUUGGGCUAACCUAAGAGCAUCAAUUUGUAUUAAGCUGAUGGAGCAAACAAAAGAAUAG